AGCGGAAGACGGGCGGCUCUGUCAUGUGAUCAGCUGUGUCCAAUCACAGCUGAUCGCAUGGGACAUGUACACUGAUGAUCAGGGCACUGAUGGUCAGUGUGCCUUGAUGAUCAGUGUAGUCCCAGCAAUGCCACCUGUCAUUGCCCAUCAGCACCAUAUCAAUGCCACAUAUCAGUGCCUACCAGUGCACAUCAAUGCCACAUAUCAGUGCCCAUCUGAGCUGCCUUUCAAUGCCGCCCAUCAGUGCCAGUCAGUGCCACCUAUCAUUGCGCAUCAGUGCCUGUCAGUGCUGCCUAUCAGUGCCAUAUAUGAGUGCUGCCUUUCAGUGCCCACCAGUGAUGCCUGUCAAAGCCCAUCAGUG